AUGGAUUCACUCUGGUAUUUAAAAAAGCUAAAAGUAGACUAUAAUGUGAAACUUUUGGUAUUGUUGGAGCCUAUGUUGGAGGAAGGCCGCCUAGAUUAUGUCAAAAGAUUGGUUGGUUUUACAUCGACAAUCUCCCUUGUGGAAGUCUAUGCUCGAUGCACUUGGGUAGCUAGACGACCGCUCUGGAGUGCCAUGGAAAGUUUGGCGUCUUCGAGACAGGGAUCCUGGAUGUUGGCUGGGGAUUUUAAUAUCAUCGCGGAGGCGUCAGAAAGGCUUGUGGGGGGGGCACCACCGAAUGCACGAAAUAUGGAGGAUUUUAAUCAGACGCUGUUUAAUUGUGGUCUUACUGCGGUGGAAUUCGAAGGCCCUAAGUACACCUGGACGAAUGGGACGGUCUGGCAGCGAUUAGAUCGGGUGGUGAUUAACCAGGAGUGGGCUGAGAUGUAUACAGUGACACGAGUGUUGCACCUGGCGAGGGGACGGUCAGAUCAUGCGCCUUUAGUAAUCAAGUAUGGUUCAGGAAGGCAAGGGAGAUUGGCCUUCAGGUACCUUUCUUGGGGUCGUUCAAGAGGCAUGGGGAGGGGGAGGCCCGUCACACACGAUGUCAGAUUUCUAUCGAAAACUGUUGGGGUGAGGAACAAGCUGAGGGUAUGGAACAAGGAAGUUUUCAGGAAUAUUGGCACCCGGGUGGCAGAGCUAAAGAGGGAAAUGCGGACCGCAGAAAUGAUAAAAUGGAUUCAGGAGGGGGAUGCGAACACGGCAUACUUCCAUUCUGUGGUUCGGCAAAGGUGGGCUUCAAAUUACAUCUCUGGGAUUCGGAGUACGACGGGGCAGUGGCUGACUGAGGCAGAGGGCAUUAAGAGUUCAGCAGCAUCAUUCUUCGAGUCGCUAUUCAGUUCUGAUAGGGAUACUGACCGGCACCCAGUAUUGCCUUUCGCUCUCCCACAGGUGUCUCCGGGGGAUAAUGAGAAACUGCUGGCAUUGCCAACAAUGACUGAGGUGCGAGAAGUGGUGUUCUUGAUCAGUCCAGAUAGUGCCCCUGGUCCAGACGGCUUUGGGUCAGGUUUUUACCAGGCGUGUUGGGAGAUAAUUAAGGAUGGUUUGGUGGCUGCUAUCCAGGAUUAUUUUAAAGGGGGGUGGCUACCAAAAGGAGUAACCAGUACAUUAAUCGUGUUAAUACUGAAAGUAGAGGGAGCUUCUCGGUGGCAAGACAUCCGGCCAAUCAGCCUAUGUAAUGUUAGCUCCAAGAUAAUAUCUAAGCUGGUGUCUAGUAGGUUGAAUCAGCUCCUCCCCCAACUGAUCUCUCCUUGGCAGUCUGGCUUUGUCCCGGGCCGCCAAAUAAUGGAUAACAUUCUCCUGACGCAAGAACAUGCAAAAGAACUGGACCGUCGUUUGGAGGUUCCGAACCUCAUGUUAAAGCUCAAUAUGGAAAAGGCAUAUGAUAGAGUGGAGUGGUCCUUUCUCUUUUUCAUGCUUAGAUCGUUUGGCUUUCAGGAACCUGCGGUCGAUUUGAUCUUUCGUUUGGUCGCCAAUAAUUGGUUUUUCGUGUUAGUCAAUGGGGAGCCGGCUGGAUUCUUCAAGUCAACGAGAGGGGUUAGACAAGGGGAUUCAAUCUCUCCAGGACUCUUUGUACUAGUUGCAGAAUUUUUUGACAAAGGGCUCUAUUCUUUGUUUCAGCAAGGUAGACACAGGUUUUUUCAGGCUGGCGGAAUUAAGAUUUCAUAUUUGGCAUUCGCCGAUGAUGUCAUUAUUUUUACCAGGCUUGCGCGGGAGACAUUAGAAGCGGUUAGGGACUUCUUCAAACAGUACCAACAGUAUUCAGGACAGAAGAUCAAUGUAGUAAAUAGUGGUUUUAUGUGCUCGUCUGGGGUGUCGAAGGCGCAGGUGGAGCUGGUGUCUAGCAUUCUAGGGUUUCAGAGGCAAUUCUUCCCACUGGUCUAUCUUGGUGUCCCCAUUUCCCUAGGCCGAUGUUCCUCUAUUGCCUUCGAUGGGAUUCUUGCAAAAGUGAGGGCACGGAUCUGCCACUGGAGUGGGAAGUUGCUGUCCAUGGGGGAAAAAUUAAUUCUUAUAAAACAUGUCUUGAAUUCGAUGCCGCUCUAUCUUUUACAGGUGCUUAAACCCCCCAAGGCAGUUUUAGUUGCCCUGGGAAGAUUAUUCAACUCCUUCUUAUGGGAUAAAUCCAAGAACGAUAAACGAACGCAUUGGGCAUCCUGGGAGAAGUUGUAUUUUCCCACAGAGGAAGGUGGGUUGGGGGUUAGGCUGCUGGAUGACAUGGUCAAAGCCUUCUCUUAUAAGCUGUGGUGGAGGUUACGCCAAAGGGGAUCCCUAUGGUCGGAUUUUAUGUUCUCUAAGUAUAUAGGGAACCAAUACCCGUUGCAGGCGGAUGUAGCAAGGCCGACUGGUACAUGGAAGCGAUUACUCGGUAUACGGGAGGUAGCGGAGGCGCAGAUUUCAUGGAGUCUGAGACCGGGAAUGGUAGAUUUUUGGUUAGACACUUGUUGCGAGCUGGACCCCUUAAGUGCAUUGAUUCCGGCGGAGAGCGACAGACCUCACUUUUUGGUGGCGGAGUUCCUUGGAAGGGACGGAUGGAAUAGGGACAGACUUCUCCACUGGCUCCCGGCCAAUCUGGUGGAUUUGAUCGUGGAGAUUCCGUUCGACCUUGAUGGGCAGGAUCAAAUCCUGUGGGCGAAGUCGGUGACAGGGCAGUUUUCCUUAACUUCGGCUUGGGAGCUAUGCCGACAACGUCGGGGCGGCUUUUCAAUGACUAAGAUGGUUUGGAAUAAGGGUACACCGUUGAAAUUUUCACUAUUUGUUUGGAGGCUACUAAACAACUUUGUGUCCUUGGACUCGAUGAUGCGACGAAGAGGGCUACCCUUGGUAUCCAGGUGCUCCUGUUGUCUAGAGCAGGCGGAAUCAUUGCCACAUCUUUUCGUUAAUGGACCAAUAGCGAGAGAGGUUUGGGGGCAUUUUGCCAGUAUGUUUGGCAUUCUUCACUGGCCUCCUGAUGAUAUUCAGCUUCUGUGGAGGAAGAGGGCCACAUUGCUGUCCCACAUCCCUGCUCAUCAUAUUCGGUGUGUCCUACCGUUAGUGGUUACAUGGUUCAUAUGGCGGGGACGAAAUAAGGCAAGGUUCGAAGGGCAGGACUUUUCGGCUCGGGGGGUCAUCGUUGAAGUAAGCAACUUCUUGCAUGACUUGGGACGAGCAAAUAUGCUGGAUAAGGCACAGUUUCAUAGUGACCGGGAUUGUGAGUAG